AUGUCAAGUAAGGAAAAGGUAGUCAUCAUUGGCGGUGGAUGGGGUGGUUAUCGACUGGGAUACGGCAUCGACCACCGAAAAUACGAUAUCACCCUUAUUGCGCCGGAGAACACGUCUGCUGUGACUCCCCUCCUCGCCAGUGCGGCUUGCGGGCUGUUUGACCCCCGUCUGGCCCAUGAGCCCAUCCGCCGGAAGGACUUUCAUGCCCAAUACAUCAAAGCCUUCGUCGUCGACAUCGACUUCAGCCGGCAGGUGCUCAUCUGUCAGCCAGCGUUCGAAGAGCUGAAGGAUGAUCGCUUCGAAGUAUCAUAUGACCGCGUGAUCCUCACGCCAGGCUGUCGAAGCAACACCUUCGGCAUCCCUGGGGUGGCGGAGAACGCUAUCUUUGUCAAGAAUGUGGCCAAUGCCAAUACGGUCCGGACUCGUCUGAACGAUAUCCUGGAGAUGGCCUCGUUACCCGGGACAUCGGAGGCGCGGCAGAGGCAGCUGCUGCAUAUCGUGAUCGUUGGCGGUGGUCCCACUGGUAUCGAGGUGGCCGCUGAAUUGACCGAUCUUUUCGAAGGUGAUUUGGGAGUUUUAUUCCCACACCUCAAGGACCUGACGUCGGUUUCGGUGAUCGAUGUCGCACCCCAGAUUCUCGCCCCAUUUGACCAAAAGUUAUCAGAAUACGCGUGCGGUGCACUGAAAACCAACAAGGUCAAGGUCAAACUCAACUGCCACAUCGUCAACGUUACAAAGGACACCAUCGAGACCCGGGAAUCUGGGAUCAGUGGCUACGGGAUGCUCAUUUGGGCCACCGGAAACAGGUCGAUACCGCUGGUCGACCAACUGCAACUUCGGAAGACCGAAAAGGGCCUUGUCCGAAUUCUGACAGACGACCAUCUCAAUGUCUUCUCACCCGAUGGCAAUGUGAUACCGAAUGUGUUUGCAAUGGGAGAUGCGGCCGACAUUGAGGACGGAACACUGCCGACAACGGCCGAAGUUGCAAUCCAGAAAGCGGAUUAUCUCAUCCGCCUUUUCAACUCCGGUGGAAAGGAUACUCGGCCAUUUCAAUACCAGCAGCGGUCACUGGUAACAUACACCGGUGCGUGGGACGGUGUGGUUCAAGGGAAGCGCGAGUACACCGGCUACGGUGCAUGGCUGAGUUGGAGAUCUGGCAACUUCUUCUGGACGCGGUCGUGGAGGAGAAGGGUCCUGAUGUGCUAUGCGUGGUUCAUGGAUUGGCUGGAUGGGAGAGAGAUCAUUCGCAAUUAG